AUGGCGAAACAAAUUCAACGCAUUGAUAGCUUGACCCUCAUGAAACGGACACAUGCCCGCACAGUAUUCCGCGAAGCGGAAGCCAUGAACUUCGUCAGGGCCCGAACGCAAAUUCCCGUUCCAGCUGUUUUAAAUGCAUACGUCGAAGAUCCAUUCGGGUACCUCGUCAUGGAAUUCGUCCCGGGAGAACAGCUCGACCUCGCGUGGCCCCGAAUGUCCGACGGGCAGCGCAAGUGCGUCGUCGCACAGCUGACGGACUACCUGCAUCAGCUGCGAUCUCUCGCACCUCCCGACCCUCCUCUUAUCGGGUCGUGCUCUGGUGGACCUUGCUUCGAUCAUCGCAUUUCCAGCAUGAAGACUUUCGGGCCUUUCACGUCUGAAGAGGAGUUCCACGACUACCUCUACGCGGCCGCCACGUACGGCCUGCCGCCCGAGAUCGCGCGUAGGGUCCCGAGGCAGCGCAACGGCCACAAAAUCGUGUUUACGCACGCCGACUUCAACCCCACCCAGAUCCUCGUCGAUCCGUGCGAUCCGGGAAGGGUAGCAGCGGUUCUGGACUGGGAGAUGGCGGGGUGGUACCCGGAUUACUGGGAGUACGUCAAGGCGCUUAUAUGUGUUGGGCCUAUAGGGCGUAUGUGGCGGGAGGUCAUAAAGCUCGCCAUAUGCUCGUACGACGAAGAGGAGCAAAUUGAUCGGGCGUUGGAAGACUACCAGGGAGUUGCAUAG